AUGGUUGGCUUCAAGACUGAUUAUAUGGUGCGGUCUUUUGAUGAAUCUAUCGUGACGAGUUAUCCAAAACCCGAAGCUGUCGUUCAUUGGACCCAUGCCGCCACAUGUGAAUGGUUAAGAAAAAUUGAUCUAGCCGAGUUCACACCAAAUUUGUUGUGUGCUGGCACACCAGGUGCUCUCAUG